AUGCAGGGCACGGAGGAAUGCAAGGCCCAAGUGGACGGCUACCCGGGUGCGCUGUUCAAGGGCUUCACCAACGUCAGCGAAGCUCUUCAGUUCUUGAACGGUGCUAUAAUCGACUUGGUGGGAGAGCAGCCCCAGCCCCGACUGCCCGAAACGAUCUUCAUCGACCUGGUCGGCGAGCCCGAGCCGGUCGACGACGUGGUGGUCGUCGCAAGCACCACCCCAACGACGAACUUUAAUUACACGUACCGACCGGCUACGACGAUGACGACGACGGUACCGCCGCCGCUACCGCUUCCGCCGCUCUUCGUCGCCGACUGGGUGCAGAGCUACGUUCCCGCGUUCCCUGUGCGCCGAGCGCUGCCGCCGUCAAUGCCCACAGUGGGCUCCACCGUCGACAUCUCCGACUCGCCGGUGCGCAGCCCAGUCGACCAGCCGGUCCCCAAGCGAAUGCGCUACACCACCGACGCGCCGCCGCCGCCGCCACUGCCGCCGUCGUGCACGGCCGUGCCGGUCUCCCCGCCGCUGGCGGUGGCGGUGGCGGUGGCGGCCUCGCUGGAGGCUCCCUUUGAUAGCGACGGCGAAGAGGACCACGAUGACGACGACGUGGUGCUGAGCGCGGAGCAGCGGCGCGCGCUGGCCCUGGCCGAGAGCGGCCACUCGAUGUUCCUCACGGGCUGCGCCGGCACGGGCAAGUCCUUCCUCCUGGGCCACAUCCUCAAGCGCCUCCGCCGUAUCCACCGGGACCCGGACGCCGUCGCCGUCACCGCCUCCACCGGAGUGGCUGCGUGCAAUAUCGGCGGUGUGACGCUGCACCGGUGGACGGGGAUCGGACUCGGGGACGAGAGCAUCGCGGUCAUGAUCCGCCGCGCCUUUGGCAAGAAGGAGCAGUGGCAGAAGGCCCGAGUACUCAUCAUCGACGAGAUCAGCAUGAUAUCUGCCGAUCUGUUUGACAAGGUCGAGUAUAUCGCGCGGCGCGUGCGCAACUGGUACAACGAGCCACAUAAGGAACAGCCCUUCGGCGGCCUUCAGGUCAUCUGCUGCGGCGAUUUCUUCCAGCUUCCGCCGGUGGUGGACAAGAUGCUGGGCCGGCGCGGAGGGGACGAGAACAAGGUGUUUGCGUUCAACGCCGAAUCGUGGCCAUCGUGUAUCGACACCGUUGUACAGCUGACCGAGGUGUUCCGACAGAAGGACGAGCGAUUCCAAGCGAUCUUGAACGGCAUCAGGCAGGGCACAUGCUCAGAUGACGCCGCAUCGACCUUGAACGAGUGCAGAACACCCGCCCAACUCCACAUCCCUUCCGACGUAUGUCUGAUGCGCAAUUUGGACGAUGGCUCCAACAUUCUGCCCACCAAGCUGUGCCCCACCAACUACGAGGUGGAGAACAUCAACCGGGUGCACAUCAACGGCAUCAGGAGCGCUCCCGUCAAGUACCCCGGCAAAGACGAUGUGCCCUCCGAAGACGGGCCGCGCAGGAUACUGCUCAACUGGCUCGAGAAGGGCUGCAUCGCACUCAACCACGUCGAGCUCAAGAUAGAUGCGCAGGUGAUGCUGAUCAAAAACCUCUCGUCUGAGCUCUACAUGUACAACUCGUGGCAGCAGCGCAAGUGGUUCAGCGAGAACAGCAAAACCAAGCUGCCCCGUGUUCGCUUCGUAGGCACGACCGAACCGAUCAUCAUUGGUCCUAUGGUGUUCAGCGUGAAAUACCGGGAGCAUGGUCGAGAGCACGAGGCGUCGAGGUGCCAGGUUCCGCUCAAGCUGGCCUGGGCCGUCACCAUCCACAAAUGCCAGGGUCUGUCGCUCGAUCGCGUGGAGAUCCAGUCGCUGAGUCGAAUCUUUGCCUCGGGCCAGGCCUACGUCGCGCUCAGUCGCGUGCGCACGCUCGAGGGCCUCUGCCUCCGCGACCGCUUCCGCAAAGAGCACGCUAUGGUGAGUAAGGAGGUGGUCGAGUUCUAUCGGAAGUGCGACCGGGAGGAGCGUUAUUCGUGCGUGGCGCCCAAGUGCCAGGGCGUGGUGGAGUCGGGCCAGAAGGUCCCGCGAUUCGUGAUUGCUGAGUACGACGAGGGCGCGAAGAGAGAGGGCAAGCCGCUCGACAUCAGCCCUGCAGCCAAGGAGAAGGAGGUACUCCAGGGCGUUUCCACGAGCACUUCCUACUACACCACCAGCAACAAAAGUUCGUACGGCAGCAACUACAGCAAGUCGUUCGGUAGCAAGUCGUACGGCAGCAAGUCAUACAGCAACGACAACUAUGGCAAGAAGCAACGCUAUUACAACUGA